AUUUAUUUGGAGGUUGAUGGGCGAGAUGGGUGAAAUGGGCUCAGUUUAUGAGCAAUAUUACACAGGGGGCUGUGCAAAGACCGAGGAGGAGGAAGCCGCGAGCUCCGAGGAAGACUCGAGCUCGUUUCGGGGAAGUGGGGUCUGUAAAUGGUUUAAUGUGCGGAUGGGCUUCGGCUUUCUGUCCAUGACCCACCGGGAGGGCAUCUGUCUGGACUCACCCGUGGAUGUGUUCGUCCAUCAGAGCAAGCUUCAUAUGGAGGGCUUCCGCAGUCUGAAGGAAGGAGAAGCUGUGGAGUUCACCUUCAAAAGGUCCUCUAAGGGUCUGGAGUCCUUACGGGUGACGGGGACAGGCGGGGCACCAUGUGUAGGCAGCGAGAAGAAACCCAAGGGCACCCAAAAACGCCGUUCAAAAGGAGAUCGGUGA